AUGGCAAACUGUGGGGGGUGGAGCGAGGAGCCAGUCUCAAAGGAGAAGCAGCGACCCCCCAUUUACAACCCGGAGGACUACGCGACGACCCUAAAGAAAUGGGGUAAGAAAACUGGCGCAGGCAGCCUGUACGAGCUGGAUCCUGGACAAGACCCGAACAAGGCCAGAACUCUACCAAGUCAGAGCAACAAAGACUUUAGAAAUCCAUGUUUGGGUCUUGGCGAGGAGAUGAGCUUAAGGCAAUUCGGCACGCCAAGCGAGUUACUGACCAAGUUGCGAGCUGAUCUUAGACUUUCUUUUCCAAGCUUCGUCCAAGAGUUCUCUUGCGAGCCGUUGGACGGCGUGACAUUACUGCUGGAACUACUGCGCAAUGUGCAGCUAAGCCAAACAGGAGAUGGUGCUCGAGGCCCACCAGCUGUAAGGAGAAGACCACUUUUGGAUGAAUUGGCUUGUCUGCAAUGCUUAUGGAGCUGCUGCACAAGGUACUCGGAUUGUGUUCGAAGGCUGGUUGCGGGUUCCAACAGUGUUUAUGCACUUACGGUGUGCAUCAUGUCGACGGUCAACAAGACGAGAGUUCUCGCCCUGCAGCUCCUCACCAAGGGAUGCUAUCCACCGGCAAAUGGACACAGCAUGAUUUCCGAAGCUCUAUCAACGCUCCGCCUUCGCUACGGGGAGCCGGUCCGCUUUCGAUUCCUCGUUGGAAUGCUGCAAAGCUCUGGAGGUUCUGGGGACUUGCAAGCGGCUGGCCUAGCCUUCAUCAACGCAUUACUAGCAAGCGCCCCAACUCCUCAAAGGAAACUGUACAUCCAGGCAGAACUGGAACAAGCCGGAUUCGACAUAAUUACUUUGAAAAAGAUAAUCACCAAGCUUCCAAAUACAAAUGAAAACCUUACAAGAGAAAUAGAAAAUUAUGAAAAGCAACUAAUAGACAUCGACACUCUGAGUGAAAAGGCGCAUGAAGCUCAAAAGGAAAAGGACGACCUAAAACAUAAACUGGAGCUACUGGAAAAACGCGUGAAGAUUCUACAAGAAGAAAAGGGGAUCCUAUUGUCUUUAGAAAAAUGCUUAAAGGAAAAGUGUUGUGAAUUACAAGAAGAGGUAACAACUUUAAGGUCAGAACACGGCAACUCUAACCGUAAGAAGACCUUUGUAAUUAAGAAAAAGAAUUCAACUCACCCAAACCGAGGUGAAUCGUCGCCACCUGAAGAUGAAGGUAUAAGUUCUUCGGAACGAUCCCUAAGUCCCGAGGCGGACCCACAACGAGAAUCCAUGGUAUACGAAGUUUUUAACAUUAAAAAUGAAACAUACGAUCUUUUACGAAACAAACGGACAAUACAUAAGAAAUUGGAAAGCUCCAAAAAACACAGUGACAAUAAAAAAUCUUCAGACGAAGAUGACGAAACCACAAUCGAUGAAGUAAUUCAGGAACUAAGAAAUAUAGUAAAUCACGCCGAAUCAGAACAAUACGUUAAAGAUCAAACUUUGUUUUGUGAUAAUUCCUCGAGAUGCAACGACUCUUCAGAAAUCAAUAUCUCUGUUAAUGGUAUGGAGUGUCAAAAGCACAGGAAAGUUGAAAAAGAAGAUUCUAUCACAAGCACAAGGCACAGCAUUCAAAUAACAGGCAGCACGGAGUUUCUAAAUGAAAAUAAUGAUGAAGAAGAGGAAGCUGAAAUUGUUCCCAGUAAAAUAUUGCCGCAUCCACCGAGAAAAGCUAAAAGCUUAGUCCACUUAUUUGUCCCACCGGUCGACCAAGGAAUGCUCUACAAUAAACCCCCAGAUUUAUUCGAAGACAACUAUUUCUCGAGCGACGAAGGUUCCGAUUCUUUACUAAGUGCAUCGCGAUGUCAAAAUGUAGUUAUUAAAAAGAACUCCAUCAGUAGCUUCGAUUUUAAUGAAUGCCGAGCAAUAUUCAACUCUAUUGCUGAAAAAGAUGCGGAGGAAAAUAGAAGUAAGCGUUCCAGAACACGAUCUAGAGAAGAGUGUAGAAAGGCAUCGGUAAAACGAAGUGAAUCAUUCCAAGCAUCUGAGAAAGGCUCUCGACAACGGGAAUAUAUAGAUAGUAUGUUCCAUAAUGAACCCAAACCUGUUGUAGAACACGCUUCAUUACAAAGAACUAAUUCGAAAUGUAGUCGGGUAGAUGAAAUUGUAAGUCUCAUAGAAUCAAAGAAACUAACGAAAAGCUUAGAUAGGAUUGAUGAAGGUCUAAACACCAUAGUUGAUAUUGUAGUCACGAAUGAGUCGAAUAAAACGUCAUGGCCUCAUGAAAAGAGACAGAGAUCGUGUUCACGUACCAACAGCGACGCAGGCAACGAGUCGCCAUUGAUGCCUUUGACUAGAUCUAAUAGUAAAGCAAACCGCACCUACCACUCCAGAUCAUCAAGUCGAAACGGGAAGGACGAUUUGCUAGCCAGGAACGAGAGUCAGCAAAAGUUCGGUGGGCUACAACAUUCAAAGAUCGGCGCGGGAUACGCAGAUAAACAUGCAGCAUCGAAUUUCAGCAACACUUUCAUCGUUAAGCGAGGCCACAGUAACGCUGGCUUUUACUCCGGUCAACACAUUCUGCGCGAUGCACCUGCCAGUAUGACAAGCCUUGUGAUGAAUGGAACGCACAGCUUUGCCGAUUUAAAACGCACACUAUCGCCCGCCGGCUCGGUCAACAAUUACGGACUUCACAAAGUAACCGACAUGCCUUCUGGUUUAUAU